UUUAAAUAAAGUUGACAUGUCUUCAACGGCACACAAAAUUUUUAUUAAAGAUGGUAGCCCUAUGCAAUUUUGGAUCCCCCCAGGCACUCUAAGAAAAACUUAUAAAAAAGUUAUUGAGGAACAUGGAGGAUCUGUAGUGAAACAUUGUCAUUAUGCUAAAGCCUUGCGGCUUGUCAGAUCUGAUAGCAAAGAGAAAGGCGUUUCAGUGAAUUUUAUAGAUGACUGCCUAAAACAUUCUCAGUUAUUAUCACCAAGCGAUUACCGUCUGCCGAAGGACAAAAAACUUAAGCGUUCACCUUUUAAACCCGAAGAUCAUUAUAUAAUUUUUUCAGAACUGUUUUCAAAAGUAAAUGAAGACAAAGCAUUCACCUUAACUGCCAAAGAAUGGAGCACUCUGGGGAGUAAGCUUUCACCAUCGAGAAGAGGAGAUACUGUGAGAUCACACUUUACUCAUACCUUGCGACCGAAUUUUCUUAUUCUUUUAAGCAAAAAAGAAGUCUCCAUUAAGUACAAUGACGAAAGUUUUUGCAAGUUUAUUAUGUCAAAGGACGGCGAACUAAAAAUGAUUGCGGCAUCGGCUAUAGAGAAGAUGCUAAAAAGAGCUCAAGAAAAAUUGCAGAGAAAUAAAGACUUUGCAGUUUCAAGUCCUUUAAAAUUAACGGGACGCGUAGUAACUCUGGAAGAGGGCACUCCCGCUGAAAGCCCCAUUCAGGAAUGGGGCAUCGCGGAACGGGACAAUAAAGAGGAAACACCCGCACGAAAGCGGGAGUUUAGGAAACGACAAGCGCAGAAAGAAGACCAAAUAGAACGCCCAAACACCUUAAGCGACAUUAGUGCGCAUUCCGAACAAGAAAAAUUAAAUUUCAUGGAAGCUCAAGUGAGAUUUCUCGCUCAGAAAUACCAGCAAGCCCUUUGCCUUGUCUUCUACUGCCUCUACUACACUAACUGGGACUACCACUCAGCCGAGUGUUUGCUUCAGGAUAAGAGACCCGAUCGGAUAGUGUGGAAUGACUCACUGGACAAAUUGUUCUCAGAGCAAGAUCCCGCCGUCUUCCAGAAACUCUACCAGCUCUGCGGAGAUAGAGAGGUGGAAGAAAGAUUUGCUUUUCUAAAUAAGUAGAAAACAUUUUGAACUUGUCCGUCAUCCUUUACCAAUAAAGGAAUCUCUAAACUUUUUUAA